AUGAAGAAAUUUUAUGCAAGUAAAGAAAUCAUGAUUUUAUCUUUUCUUAUCACUGCCGUGAUAUUUAUGCAAGUGAAACCUGUAGAUUUAUUGAUAACAGGUCAAAUGACAGUAUUAGAAGAAUCACCAAUUCAUACAGUUGUCGGCAGCUUAAUGUCUAUACUACCCAGUUCUUUAAAACAAGAUGCUGGCCAACUGCGUUUUCGUAUUAUCACCAGUGAACACUCAAAAUACCUUUCUGUUGAUGUAACAACUGGUUUAAUAAAAAUUAAUCAACGAAUAGAUCGUGAAAGUAUUUGUCCACCGGCAUCACAAUUCCAUACCAUAUCGAACAGUCAUACAACUCCAAACAAAUUUACUUCUUUGUGUCAAAUCACAUUGAAUGUCAAUAUUCUGCGGGUUAUGCACACAGCUGUAGACAUCAUUGAAGUGAUACACUUAAUAAUUGAAAUUAAAGAUAUAAACGAUAAUCUAUGCAAAUUUCUACCAACAAAUAAACAAGAUAUUUAUAUAAUUGAAAAUUCAAUGGAUGAAACAGGUGUCAUUAAAAUACCUAUACAUCAGUUGGUUGAUUUAGAUACUGGUCCUGGGAAUGGAAUCCAUCUAGCCGGAAUUAAAUUGAAAUAUGACCCAGUGUUCAAUGUUUCAAUGACUCAAAUUUUCGAUCUAUUGAUAACAAAUACAAGUUCAGAAAUUUCACCCUAUUCCUUAAGUCUUUUAAUUAAACAACAGUUGGAUUAUGAAAAAAUUCAGGAGUUUAAAAUGAUUAUUGUCUCUAGUAGUAGCAGUGAUUCAAUUUCCAAUGCUGACAGUAAAGAUGAUGACAGUUUCGGUUACAGUAAUGAUUUAAACACAACUACUAAGUAUAAUCAAUGUUUCCUAAAUAUCAUUGUACAUGUUAUCGAUGUAAAUGAUAAUCGUCCAACACUUAUUGAAAAAACCGCUCAUUUGUCUAUCAUGGAAAACAGUGAAAAGUAUAAACCAAUUUAUACACCGACAGCAAGCGAUCUAGAUGCAGGACCAGUGUAUAGUCAAUUGGUAUUUGAAUUAGAUUCAAUGAACUCACCUUACAUUUUUUCAAAUUUUUAUAUUAAUUCACAAAAUGGCUCUUUAUUUUUGAAACAAACGCUAAAUUAUAAAGAAAGACCAAAAUUUAGAAUUUUAAUUACUGUUCGAAAUCCAAGAGUUGAAGAGAUUAUGAAUCAUACUGUGAAUAUGGAUUUAGAUCGUGAUGUAUAUGGAAAGCACUACUACUAUAAAUCAUUGCUAAGUAGUACUACUAGUAGUAGUAGUAGUAGUAGUACUGACUCUAGUGUAAUAGAUAAUUCAUUGUAUGACACAAUGGAACUGUUUAUACAAGUCAUUGAUGUGAAUGAUCAUAAACCCGUUAUCUCCGUAUACACACCGAAUGGCAGUCAUAUAUUGAUUAUACAAGAACAUUUACCGAAUACAACGCUUCCAAUAGAUUUUGCUUUAGUCAGUGUUACAGACGAUGAUAGUGGACGUAAUGGAGAGGUGAAAUGUGAACUGGACCGAAAUUCAUCUGAUCUAUUCAAAUUGACAUCAAUUGGUUACGAAUCGAGUGUGGAUACACUGAUUACUGAUAAUAAUGAUAAAGACCAAUUAAUUGAUUUACAAUUGAAUGAUUUAAGCAUUUAUAAAUUAUCCUCUCUUGUAUCAUUUGAUCGGGAACAGAACGACACAAUCUACGCAAUGAUCCGAUGCACAGACCUUGGAAGUAAUCCAUUAUCUACAGAGUAUGUCGCACAGAUACAUAUAGGAGAUAUUAACGAUCAUGAGCCUAUUUUUCAGCGUACCGAUGAAUAUAUCACGCUCAUGGAGGAUAGUGAGCCUCUGAGAAGUGAAAACAACUAUUAUAUCAUACAAAUAAAUGCAACUGAUGAAGAUAUCGAUGAAAACGCGAAAAUCACUUAUUAUAUAGUAGAGGAAUCUGUUAAACACUUGAUUGUAAUCAAUGAAACUAAUGGAGUGAUACAAACAAAUGGUAAUUUAGACAGAGAAACCCAUACUUCACUCAGUUUCACUGUGAUAGCUAAGGAUUUUGGUGAACCAAGUAGAUCCUCAUCCGUCUUGAUUCAUAUCACUAUUCAGGAUUACAAUGAUGAAUAUCCAGAGUUUGAUAAGAGAUUAUAUGAAUUUACACUUGCUGAAAAUCCUGUACAAGGUUAUUAUAUUGACAGUAUUCUUGUAAGUGAUAAAGAUUUCGGUGUAAAUAGUCAGUUGUCAUUUUAUCUUGACUAUAAUGAAGGAGAGGGGAUCAACUAUAUGAAUGAUGAGGCUAAUUAUGCAUCUCCUCAACACUAUGAAUUAAGAUUCCCAUCAUUACAAAAAAGAAGUAAACCACCGUUUAAAUUGACAUCGAAACGUUCAAAUGAUCAACAUACCUAUGAAUUAGGCUUAUUUACCAAUGGGAAAAUUGAUCGUGAAGAGGUGAUUCGAAGAAACCAGCGUAGAAUGAAAACAUUACAUCAUAGUCUGUACAAUAACAUAAACUCUGAAGAUGUGGAAACGCCUAUGAAUCCUAGAAACAUCAAAGAAAUGUCAUUCUAUGAACUAAUACUAACAGCAGAAGACUCUGGAAUGCCUAAACGAAUCUCAACUGCCCUUGUUUAUAUCAAUAUAAUGGAUGUCAAUGAUGAAGCGCCAAUUUUUAUGAAUCCACUUCAAGAAGAUAUGAUUUACACAUUUUCAGUUAAUGAAGCAUCAGGAUAUGAAAUUUUAAAGUUUCAAGCCAACGAUCCGGAUGAAGGUUUAAAUGCUGAAAUAAAGUAUUCUUUAACUGAACCCUUCCAACUAAAUGCAUAUAGCGGGAAUGGAAGCUCGUCAACGUGUAAAACUUUAAGCUUCAAAUCAUUACCACGUCAAAAUCUAUCCUGUCAUAUCUUAGAAUACCUUCAUUUGAAUCAAACAUCUGGUAGUUUAACUUUACAAAAACAGUUACCAAUUAGUUUAUCGAAUGCAACAUGUCGUCUGCGUGUUGAAGCUUCUGAUAGUGGAGUGAUACCAUUGCAAACAGCACGUUACUUUUGUUUACACUUAAUGAGUACACAUGAAUCAAAACGUAUAAAAUGGAUUUCAAACUCCAAUCUGCAUGUAUCUUCAUUCUUUUAUGGGUACAUCAUAACAGGAAUGAUAGGCGUAGGUUUAAUUCUCUCCGUAAUAUUCAUAUGCAUAGCAUUCAUUAUGUGGAAAUAUCCUAAAUUCAAGUUGGACAGAAAUGAGAUAAAAGACACUCUUUCUUACAAUGACAAUCAAACAUCAAGAAUACAUUGUGUCGAUGAAAGGCCAAAUUUAUAUGAUAAUGAAGAGAAAUACAAAACAACACUCGUGUGUACAGAAAAUGAAUGGACUAAUAUUCAUUCAAAUUAUACUCCAACCAACCAAUCUGAAUAUUUCUCGAUCAAGGACAACUUGUUUUAUCCCUAUCAUAUUGAAAGUCAAUAUAAUACAAGAAAUUCACAAUUUUUUGAAUCUUUACAACAGAACAAAAUGAUUUCAAUAGAUGAUAAAGAAUUACAUAAUAAACAAAAUAUUUGUGUAAAUCCCAAUUAUUCUUUUCAAUACUCAUCAUCAUUAUCUCAACAAAAUAACUUAUUAUCUUAUGAUUCAAUGUAA